AUGGCGAUAUCCGAAGGGAAGAAGGAUACCAAACGACUCUCUACGGGAGCCACGUUAGAACUGAUACCUGUAUUAUCUGGCUGCCGACCAGACAGGAAUUGUCAUACUGUGUGCAGCAAAAACGAGGAACUUUGCUCGAAGUAUGGCGACUACGCUAUCUACUGCCAGACGGGCGCACUCAAUAUCAGCUGUAAGAAAUAUGGUCACUGUUCCGAUGUGAACAGCAUCUCCUGCAACGCGUGCAGUUACGGUACCUCAGAGGCUGACUGCACGGACCCAUUUACUCCCUCGGAGCCUGAAUCGGAAAUUUGUGACACACUCAACCAGGACCUUUGCUCGAAGUACGGCGACUAUGCAAUCUACUGUCAGAACGGUGGAAUCCAAACGAGUUGCACGAAAAGGGGCGAAUGUUCCAAUGUGAAGAGCUCCUGCACAGCGUGCAAGUAUGGUACUUCAGAGGCUGACUGCACGGACCCAUUUACUCCCUCGGGGCCUGAAUCGGAAGUUUGUUCCACACUCAACGAGGACCUUUGCUCAAAGUACAGCGACUAUGCAAUCUACUGUCGGACAGGUGGAUUCCAAAACAGUUGCAAUAGAAGCGGCCAUAACCAUGUUCCAGGGAAGAGCUCCUGCACAGCGUGCAAGUAUGGUACUGCAAAGGCUGACUGCACGGACCCAUUUACUCCCUCGGGGCCUGUAUCGGGAUUUUGUGACAAAAUCAACGAGGACCUUUGCACGAAGUACGGCGACUAUGCCAUCUACUGUCAAACAGGUGGAAUCAGUGCCAGCUGCGAGAAAAGCGGUCAAUGCCCCAAUGACGCCAGGUCAUUGACCCCUAGCCUCGUCCUGAUAUCUGUCAUCCUCACUCUCGGAAUCAAGAUGGCGUAUUGAUUCCACGGAGGAAAAAUUCAUCAGGUCACAUGCAACGCAAAA